GGAAAAACGCCGUGGGUGCUCUCCAAUGAAUAAAUGACGGAGAAAAGGGGAAAUUAUUUCUUUCUUCAGAACAAAGAAAAAGCGAAAAAAGAAAACGGGGCCUAAAAAUUACUAACUUAAUUGUAACACUGGAACAACAAACAGAACUAAAGAAGAACGAUUGAGACUUGUUCCUCUCUGCCUCUGAGUUUCCGAGUUCGAGACUCAGUUGAGAUGGGUCAGGAAUCGUUCAUAUACAGCUUUGUUGCUCGCGGCACGAUGGUGUUAGCUGAGUACACCGAGUUCACGGGAAACUUCCCGGCAAUUGCAGCUCAGUGUCUUCAGAAACUUCCGUCCUCCAACAACAAGUUCACCUACAGCUGUGACCACCACACCUUCAAUUUUCUCGUCGAAGAUGGUUACGCAUACUGUGUUGUUGCCAAGGAAUCUGUUAGUAAGCAGAUAUCUAUUGCUUUCCUAGAACGUGUCAAGGCGGAUUUUAAGAAAAGAUAUGGUGGUGCACUUUGCAGACCAGUUAUGAAGGAGCACAUGAAGUACAUCAUUGACCAUGCAGAGGAGAUUGAAAAGCUAAUUAAAGUGAAGGCUCAAGUUUCAGAAGUUAAAAGUAUUAUGUUAGAGAAUAUUGACAAGGCUAUGGAUAGAGGAGAAAAUCUAACGGUUCUUGCAGAUAAGACAGAGACAUUGCACUCACAGGCCCAAGACUUCAGAAAGAAAGGAACACAAAUCCGUAGAAAGAUGUGGUAUCAGAAUAUGAAAAUUAAAUUGGUUGUUCUUGGGAUAUUGUUGUUUUUGGUCCUGGUUAUCUGGCUUUCAGUCUGCCAUGGAUUCAGCUGCUCAAACUAGCAAAGAAUGAGCAAGUUUGCGGAUAGUUUUUGAAUUGAUGUUGUAAAAGCAAUUUAGCAAGAAUUUGCUUAGAAAAAGGAAAGGUAGUGAAUGGAAAAAGUUUCCUACCUUCUUUGUUGGUCGAUAAUGAUAUAUGAUAUAUAGUUGGAAAUCCAAGAGUGGGGAAGGGUUGUCUUGUAUCUGUACUGGACUUUAUGCCCUUGUCAAACAAAUUGUAAUUUUCUAUCUCA